AUGCACAGUAAGUACGCAUUACGUUUUUAUUCACUCUAAAUAUUAAAACAAGUUUUACAUAUUUUGAGUUUCAUUGUUUUUUUAUUUUUAAAGAAAAAUUGAAGUAAUUAUAUUUAGAUAUGAAACAAGCAGAAUAGAAUGUUUGUGAAUAAUAAAACAGAAAUCAACUUUUAAUAAGUAGGAUUCAGUGAGUCGGACACUUUUUUACCAGGAUUUUAACAUUGCCUCCGAAAUAGAAAGUCAAUGGGAAGUAAAAACUAGAGUCAGACAAAAAUCAUCACAAUCAGCUCUUUUUAUCUGCUAUUUUCAUUUGUUUUUACAGGACAAACAUACAUGAUCAGUCCAUCCUCAGACGAAAUGAUGCCUCUUAAAGGUAAACGUAAAACUAUAAUAUACAUAUAACAUACUUCAUAUCUACCUUUCUACUUUUAAUUUUUUUUUUGUAAUUUUAUUUUAUUAUUUUGAAAGUUUGGCAACAAUUAAUAAAACACGGAGUAAAAGUAAUCCAGUGCGAUGUAAAACACAAGAUACAAUGAAAGAAAAAGUAUUUCUGAUAUCCAGUAUUUUAACAAGAGGUAAGGGUAAGAGAAAAAAACAUAUUAAAUGAUAGAAACAGAUACAUUUCUACUUUUUUAAAUCUUAAAUUACACUGGCUCUCAGUGUUGACAUGUAUAUAUUUACCUGACUCAAUAUAGAUAUAUAUUACUUAAAUACAUAAUAUAUAUUUAAUAAAUAUUUUAAUAUUUAAAAUAUUAAAUUCUCCCCCUUUGCUCCUCACUAUUCUCUCCUUCUCCUUCCUUCCACUAUCUUCUCUCAACCAUUCUUGGACCAUGCCUUUCCAGCCUUCAGGCCUUCUGCCUGGCUACUGAAGAGGAGGUGGCUGGGCAUCUCCUCAUCUCCACUUGUCCGCUUGAUCCCAUUCCAUCUCACCUUAUCUGAUCUCUCACCCUUUAUCUUAUGGAGUACUUAAUGCAUAUCUUCAACUGCUCUCUUUCUUCUGGCAUUGUCCUUGCUCCACUUAAACAUACUACUGUCAUACCCAUCUUAAAAAAGCCAUCUUUUGACUUAUCUUUCCCUUCUAAUUACAGUCCAAUAUCUCUUCUCUACUCCCUUUCAACUCAGAGUAUCUGGAACAACUUUCCUUUACCUGUUUGGCUUGCUUUCUCAAUGCAAACUCUCUGCUCGAUUCUUUUUGUUUUGAAUUCCACCACCUCCAUUCUACUGAGACUGCUUUGAUUAAAGUAACCAAAGAUCUCAUCGCAGCUAAAUUAAAACUCUAUACUAAUUCUUCUAUUAUUAUUAUGAUGGUAUUUAUAUAGCGCCAUCAAAUUCCGCAGCGCUUUACAAUGGGUGGACGAACAGACAUGUAGUUGUAACCAGACAAGUUGGACACACAGGAACAGAGGGGUUGAGGGCCCUGCUCAAUGAGCUUACAUGCUAGAGGGAGUGGGGUAAAAUUACACAAAAAGGUAAGGAUAGUAUUAGACUAGUGACAGUUGCAGAAGAGGAAUCAGUCAGGAGCUAUUAACAGUUUAAUUGAUACGCUUUUAUGAAGAAGUGGGUUUUUAACGAUUUUUUGAAGGAGUGGAGACUGGGUGAGCAUCUAACGGAGGAAGGAAGCGGGUUCUAGAUCAAUGUGUUCUUGGUCACUGUGACCUGGACCUCUCAUUAUUAUUAUUAUUAUUAUUAUGAUAUUUAUAGAGCGCCGUCAAAUUCCGCAGCGCUUUACAAUGGGUGGACGAACAGACAUGUAGUUGUAACCAAACAAGUUGGACACACAGGAACAGAAGGGUUGAGGGCCCUGCUCAAUGAGCUUACAUGCUAGAGACAUAAAAAGGUAAGGAUAGUAUUAGACUAGUGACAGUUGCAGAAGAGGAAUCAGUUGGGAGCUAUUAACAGUUUAAUUGAUACGCUUUUAUGAAGCAGUGGGUUUUUAACGAUUUUUUGAAGGAGUGGAGACUGGGUGAGCAUCUAAAGGAGGAGGGAAGCGAGUUCCACAGGAACGGAGCAGCCCUCGAGAAAUCUUGAAGGCGAGCAUCAGAGGUGGGCGUACGGACAGAAGAUAGACGUAAGUCUUCAACAGAUCGUAAGGACCUAGACAGGACAUAGUUGUGUACAAGGGAGGAUAGAUAGGUGGGAGCAGCAUUAUGUAGCGAUUUGAAAGCAAGAACCAGAAUUUUAAAUUGAGCUCUAUAUUUUAUAGGAAGAAAAUGUAGGGACUGACAGAAGGGUGAGGCAUGGGAGGUGCGCGCGGACAGGAAGAUGAGCCUCGCUGCCGCAUUAAUUAUGGACUGUAACGGCGCAAGUUGGGAGCAUGUAAGACCACUGAGAAGCGGAUUACAGUAGUCCUGGCGAGAAAGGACAGUGGAAUGGACCAACACCUUAGCCGCAUCUGGCGUUAAGUAGGGGCGGAUGCGCGCAAUGUUGUUCAGAUGGAAAUGACAGGAUUUGGCGAUAGGUUGAACAUGAGGCUUGAAGGAGAGGUCGGAGUCAAAGAGAGCACCUAGGCAGCGAGCCUGCGUGGUGGAGCUGAUGGUAGCACUGUUGACUUGGAGGGAGACAGACACAGGAGUAACAACACUUGAGGGAUGAAAGACCAGAAUUUCAGUUUUGGUCAAGUUUAGUUUAAGGAAGUGGGCAGCCAUCCAGUUAGAAACAGCAGAGAGGCAGUCAGAGACACUAGUCAAGAGGGACGGGGAGAGAUCAGGAGAGGACAGGUAGAUUUGCGUGUCAUCUGCAUAGAAAUGAUAUUGGAAGCCAAAGGAGCUAAUGAGUUUACCAAGGGAGGCAGUAUAGAAGUAGAAGUAAAAAUGGAGAAAUGGUAAAAAUGUGCAAAAAGAAUAAAAUAAAAAUGCAAAUGGGGUAAAAACAGAAACAAAAACUUGUUUCUGUUUUUACCCCUAUUUGCAUUUUUAUUUUAUUCUUUUUGUACAUUUUUACCAUUUCUCCAUUUUUACUUCUACUUCUGUAUGUUGUAGUAUUUAUUGAUUAUUUUCACUUUUAUACUUAUUUUUAUUUAUUUUUUUCAUUUUUUCGACUUUUUAAUUUAAUUUAAUUUAUUUAUUUAUUUAUUUUAUUCUAAAUUAAUUUAUUUUCUACUAUCUCGCACUUUUUCAUCUACCUCUCCAUCUAUUUAUAUUCAUAUUGUCUUUAUUCUGAUAUCUAGUUUUCUCUUAAAGGUACAGCAUCCCUAUUAGUAUACCUUCUUUUAUAGACAUUUUAGUUUUUUAUGCAGAGUAAGUGAUGAGAACCGCACCCAAUCCCAACGGCCAAGGGUGCUCCAGAGCAGGACCAGCAAUCCCAGUACAAUAAUCCAAGAGGAAAAAACUCACAGGCACUCCAACUUCAAGCCGCAGGCAGAUUUAUUAUGACAGAAUGCAACGCAACGUUUCGACCGGAAAGACCUUUCCGGUCGAAACGUUGCGUUGCAUUCUGUCAUAAUAAAUCUGCCUGCGGCUUGAAGUUGGAGUGCCUGUGAGUUUUUUCCUCUUGGAUUUUAGUUUUUUAUAGCCACAUUCUAGGCUAGCUCCUGGUAUCCCUAGACACUUCUGUGUAUUAUAAAUGUUUCCUACUUCAGCUGCGAACAGAAAGGUUAUAAAUUAAUUGAGGGGAAGAUGUAACUAAUAAACUAAUUACAUAAUUCAUAUGAAUAUUUCAACUUGUUAAUGAUAUAUUUAAAUGAACUCGUAAAGUUUGGCAACAAAGUUAUAAAACAAACAGUGAAAGUGAUUCAGUACAUGUAAAACAUAAGAAACAAUGAAACAAAGAGCGUUUCUGAUAUCCAGUAUAACACACGAGGUGAGGGAAGGGAAAAAGAUAGAAAAUGAUAGAAACAGAUACAUUCCUGCUGUUUUAAAUCCCGAAUCCCUUAAUUCCUGCCUCAGUCAUGGCUCUGACUUCUCAGACACAGCAACAUGCAAAAAUGGAAUGAGGGGAGUUUGAAACAACUUUUACAUCUGCUUCAUUCACACAUUAUAAGCAGGAAUUCAGCAUCACUGAUGAUCUUCUGUUAGAACAAUGAGUUCCUGCUCUUAUUGCAUGAAUAAAGCAAAGGGGAAAAAGUCCUCUCAUUGCACUCUCACUGGUUACUGUCUACAUAUAUCGGGUCUAUUUACUAAAGUGAGAACUGCCAGGAAUAUUAAUUUUAUAUUUUAAGCCAAAAAAGCUGAAGUACAGAAAAUAUGCAAGUCAUCUGUGCAGCUAUGUUGGCCUAAUAUUUGACCUUGAAUUUAAUUAGAAUUCCUGGCAAUUCUUACUUUAUUUCCACAUAUCGUUUCAUGUCCAUUGCUUAUCUCCCAAUAACUUCCAUGUCAUCUCCAUGUCUUUACCCGUCUGUCUUUCAAUUUCCACAUUGAUCACUUUAUUUUCUCCCACCUGCUUUCUCCUGCCUGUCUGUUCAUUGUCCCACCAAUACGGUACAUGGCAUAACAGCUCUGUAAUGGCAAAUGUAUAUGCUGAUAAACAAAGAAAAUAAUUUAAAAAAAAACAACAAAAGCAGAAAACAACCACUAGCCCUUUCACAGAAAACAAACAAACAGAGGCCGGUGGCCCAAAUGCACCAGAUCCUACUAACAUGGAGAAUUGAGUUCUUACAUAACAUAUGAAUUUGAUACGUACAGUAUACACCACCCUUAUUGAAUUUAAAUAUAUUUUCCUCUAUAUUCUGUUUUUUUAUUUUAUGUGGAAAUUUUCUACAAUCAAAAAAUUGGCCAGGUGGGAAAUACUCCUUCCAAUUUCUAAACAACAUAAGCACCUAUCUACAGUCAUUGUCCCAUCCCCCUCUUCAUUUUAUUAUCUUCUUCCUCCUUCAUUCAAUUUGCUGGCUCUCCCUUCUGGUUAUUAUGGAGGACUGGAAAACUCCUGGGUCUUGUAUUUAACCUCUCACCCACCACUUUUAGGAUGAGCUGUAAAGCAGGGUUCCAGAGAUUCUCUAUGGUUAUUAAAUAGUCUGGAAACCUCUAAUACUUCUAUUUAGCCCCUUACAUUCCAUUUGUUGAGUGAUGGGUAUAAGAGACAGAUCGAAUGAAUAAUGAAUUGCAUGACCAUAUAUUUUUAUUCUGGACAUUAUGUCCUUCAGUUCUUCAUUAUUCAGAUAAACGUAACAAAUACAGAGUUUAUACUAUUUGCAAUUAUGCUAAAUUGAAUUUAUCUGACCAUACUAUAUCUUGCACAUAUUAGUUCCCAUAAGGAGUGUCCCAGAGCUGUGACUUUGGUUUUGCAAAUCUGGAAAGCUGCCGGAAAGGUCACAUACUAGUUUCUAAACUAACUGCACUAAUGAUAAAAUUGUUAACUGUUUUUAAUCAUGUACAGAUAAACAUGAGCAAAGUCUUGCAGAAGAUCCGCCAAUGAAGUAUCCUGAUUCUACAAAAAUACCACCAACACAAAAGGAAGCAAUUGAAGAAGUUGGAAACAUAACAUGGGAGCAGCCUACAGUAAAAAAAGAAAACAACAUGUUUGACAAACCUCAAGAAAGUAACCUGGAAAAUAAAAACCAGAUAAAAACAGAUCAACAUACAUCAGAUAAACAUGGCCUUCUCACGAUAAAGCAAAGUCAGCCGACCGCAAUGUCACCUUCUAGUCAAACCGGGGUGGGUGAGGGAGAAGUAAUAAAUCACAAAUCAUUGAAGAGUGAAGAAGUGGCAGAUUCUGGAAUGGAAACCUCAAAUAAUAAACCCACUGAAACAGAACCAGUAACAAAGACUGAAGCAAAUGGUACUAAUUCAGAGACCGUUGAACAAAGAGAAUCCGAAUCUGGGAAUGGAGAGGAAUCAGACCAUAAAACAGAGAAACCAAACAAAGAUUCACUAACAAACAUUUUGGUUGAUUUCACAGAACCAGAAUCCCUUGAACAACUAACAGAAACAGAAUCUAUGAAUAAAAAAAAAGCAGAGCAUGGAAAAGAAAAAACAAACACAGAUGCCAGGCAGAUACACAGAGACUCAUUAACAGAGACUUCUGUAGAUCUUCCAAAACCUGAAUCUCUAGAACAACAAACAGAACUAGAAUCUAGGAAUGAAGAGAAACCAAACAAAGAUCCCACGCAGAUUCACAAAGAUUCACUAACAGAGACUUCAACAGAUCUCACAAACCCAGAAUCUCUAGUACAAUGA